UUGAAGACCUACUUGAAAUGCUGUGGUACUAAGAGUACAUUUUUCAUAGAGGGAGGCUUAAUUACAUUAUCUAAUAUUGAUGAGUGGGAUCUAAAACAAAAAGAAAAAGGUUAACAAUGCAGACUGUGGUGUGUUUAUUCCUGAUUGGAGCCCUGUACAUGAAUAAGGAUAUCAGUGUUGGUUAUGGACUCAUAGUGAAUAGAAAUGAAACAAAUAAUGAAACACAGGAAACCAACAAUGUCACCUGGAAUAAUGCCAGUAAAAGCUUCAUACUGGAUGUUAUGGAUUUUUCCAAUAUCACAAUCUAUACAUGUGAAAUGUUUGCAGGAAAGGGUAGUUUUACCACUACUACCAGCACAAUGACAGUCGGAAUCUCUAAAGCAGUGACCACAACGCCAGAUGUGAAAGUUUGUAAGGAGGAUGAAUCUUUUGGACAUGGACAACCAGACUGUGUCUCACCUUUUUUAAAGGGGUUGCUUGAUGAAUCAAUGAAUUUAGACAAAGAAUCACUGAACACAUUCUUAGAGAAUUUCAAACAGCAGAGUAUUAACAAUGAGAGAAUUGCUUCUCCAAGUGAUGUCAGUACCACUGUAAAUGUCCUCAGCAAUGUUGUCUCCAAGUUUUCCUUUUUUUCUGUGCCCUUGGAUGAAAAUUCAACGAAGAGAGCUAAAGUCAUAGACCCUUUUCAUGAUUCUUUAUUGGAAGUGAGCAUACAAAAGGCUAAUGGGGAAAGGAAAUUCAUCACCUUAAUCAUUUUUGAUUCCAUGGAUAAUGUGCUCCCUGCAAAACAGAAAGUCAACUCCCCACCCAUGGUUAUCAAUGGAAAGGUUGUACUUGUUCAGAAAGAUCCCAGCAUCGAAAACGUGUCGAUGAAAUUUCAUAUCCUAAAUAAAAAGCUGAAAGAUCCACAAUGUGUUUUCUGGGAUUUCGACCUCUUUGAUGGUGUCGGAGGAUGGAGCAACCAGGGUUGUUCUGUGCAAUCCCAAAACAACGAAACCAUCAGCUGCAUCUGCAACCACACAACCUCCUUCUCAAUCCUGAUGUCCUCUGAUGAUUUUAAAGACUCUGAAAUGGAGGACAUAACAUUCAUUGGGGUUGGCAUAUCCAUAGGUUCUUUGGUUAUAUGUCUUCUAACUGAAGCUCUCGUAUGGAAAAAAAUAAGUACCAACACAACCGCAUUUCUUCGUCACGUUUUCAUCGUUAACAUCGCAGUUUCUCUCCUGAUAGCAAACAUUUGGUUCAUCAUAGGAGCGUCUUUUACAGACCCAGAGAAUAAAAACCCUCCUGCAUGUGCAGCAGCUACCUUCUUUAUCCAUUUUUUCUACCUUGCUAUGUUCUUCUGGAUGUUAGCCACAGGUCUGCUGUUGCUCUAUCGUACUGUCCUGGUCUUUGAGGGGGGUUUUUCUAAAACUUCUAUGCUGGUUAUGGGUUUCAUUUUGGGAUAUGGUGCACCCUUAAUCAUUGCAGUAACAACCAUGGCUGUAACUGCCCCCUUAAAUAAAUACAUAAGAGGAAAUCAUGUCUGUUGGCUGAACUGGGAUGAUUCAAAAGCCCUGUUGGCGUUUCUGGUCCCUGCACUUCUUAUCGUAGCCAUAAACUUUGUCAUCCUGCUUGUAGUGAUAUUCAAAAUGUUAAGAAGAAGAUCAGAGAAGAAUGCAGGGCAAGCAGGAGAGCAGCAUGUUCUGGUGGUGAUUGCCAGGAGUUUGGCUGUGCUCACACCAUUUUUUGGACUGACCUGGAGUUUGGGAAUCGGGACCAUAAUUGCACCGACAAACAGGGAGAUUCAUUUUGCUUUUGCACUGUGCAACUCACUACAGGGUUGCUUCAUCUGGGUGUUUGGAACACUGCUGGACAAAAAGGUGCGGUCAGAAACGAUAAAUUCUCUGAGCUCCCAGGAAAAGUUUAUAGCCGGUUGGUGAUUCACAAUGCUGCAAGUUUCCGCUUGGGAUACAAAAGCCUCUGAGUGAGAAGACUAGUUACCCCAUUCUCAGCAAACUUUACCACUCAUUUUCCCGACAUACUAUUUGAUAAUGUUGUCUUCUGAGAAUAUGUUAAUUGUACCUUAUCCAAAUUUAAUUCUA